CGGAAGUUGUUGCACAGUCGCUUCCGGGGCGGCGUGAGCUGGAGGAGGGCUCCGAAUGGGUCGCAGUCGCAGCCGCUCCCCGCGGAGGGAGCGUAGGCGGUCCCGGUCCACGUCCCGGGAGAGAGAACGCAGGCGCCGAGAAAGGUCCCGGUCCCGAGAGCGAGAUAGGAGAAGAAGCCGCUCGCGAUCCCCGCACAGAAGACGUUCCAGGUCCCCAAGGCGACAUAGAUCCACAUCUCCUUCCCCUUCUCGACUAAAAGAAAGAAGAGAUGAAGAGAAGAAAGAAACAAAAGAAACAAAGAGCAAAGAACGUCAGAUAACUGAGGAAGACUUAGAGGGCAAAACAGAGGAAGAAAUAGAAAUGAUGAAGUUAAUGGGAUUUGCCUCCUUUGACUCCACAAAAGGGAAAAAGGUGGAUGGCUCUGUAAAUGCCUAUGCCAUAAAUGUGUCUCAGAAGAGGAAGUAUAGGCAGUACAUGAAUCGAAAAGGUGGAUUCAACAGACCUUUGGAUUUCAUUGCAUGAGAAUUGAAAUGUUGAAGAAUAAUUUUUUUUCCUCAUCUUGAUCAGAACAGUGGAUUUUGUAUUUUGUAUUUAAUAUGCAUCAAAAACAGGAUCACAGUCCUUCCUCCUUGUAAAGUAAGAAAAAUUUAUUUAUGAUGUGUGUAGUUCACUUACCCUGCCUCAAAAAAAGAAGGUUAAAUAUUACAUUUUUUUCCUUUAGGAAAUAUCAUUUGGGGCAAUCAUCAACCCCAUUUUUUUGUGUUUAUUCCUAUGGAAACUGCAUCUGUUUUCUUCUUGGACGCUCUUUAUGACUUUUUAAAACACAUAAGAGUAGUUUGGAAGUAAGUUUCUCAAAUAAAGCAAUAUUUCUA